GGGAGAUCACGCUGAUCUCUGCUUCUGGGGCGUUGCUGUUCCCAGCUGAGACACUGAACCCUGCCCCUGCCCCUUGUGUCUGUGAUACCCUUCCCCCACAUGGCUCUCUCCCAAGGGGUCAGAAUGUCCCCCUGGGGUCCGUGCCACACCCCAAAGCAGUUUGUUCUAUUCCACCUCCCUGACUCUCCCUUGACAUGUCAGCUCCACAUAGGAACUGUCCUGCCCUGAAACUGCCCUCUGUGUUGCUGUGAGCUGCCAAAGAGCCACAUGCCCCUCCCCAGAGGUGGCUGCAUCUCACUCCUGAGGCCGUGAGCCCAGCACACAUGUCCCGCAAAGCACACAGGGAUAGAAAUGCAACCAAUCCUUGCUCCAUCAGGCCAGUCUCCGAGCUUUACUCCCUUCUGGUUAGGAAAUUCUUUUUCAAAGGGUCCUAGGUGUAAAAUAGCUGGUGACGCAGCCUAUCCUGCGGCCGGAAGCCAUCGCCCGGCGCAGACGAGCUGUCACCCAGAAAUGCUGCAGGUGAAUCAUUCCCAGCCCCUUUCCCCUCCCAGGCCGGCUGAGCGCUCUGCGCUGGACGGAGAUGGCCUUGGUGCUGGUCCCUGCCUUUUGCCUCCUGAGCGGCGCCUACGCCCAGGAGUGGAGCGUGAAAUUCACUCCAGGGCCCCUGGUUGGUUGGACCGGCUCCUGCGUGACCAUCCCCUGCUCCUUCACCUACCCUGCAGGGUGGACGGUCAGUGCCGUGAUCUGGAUACAGGACAGGGAUCAAACCAUCUAUCACCGAGAUGAGGCUCGUGUCCACGCACGCUUCAAGGGGCGCACCCGCUAUCUGGGGGACCUGCAGCACAACUGCUCCCUGCGAGUGGCGGGGCUGCGCCCCAGCGAUCAGGGCACCUACCGCUUCCGGUUCGAAGUAGUGGGCUAUGGCAAGAGUGACGGAUGGUGGAGUAAAUCAGAACAGCAACUCAUGGUCUCCGCCCCUCUGUGCCAGCCCGCCCUGAGGCUCCGAAUGGAACCGGGACCCUCCCUCACCUGCUCCAUGGGGGCCACCUGCCCCCAUCGCCCCUCGUGGUACAACCGAGAUGGCGCGUGGCGGAGCCCAGGGCAAACCUCGGGUAGGUCUGGGGCGACCGAGCUGCAAAUAUCCCCGUCCCAGCUGGACGCUGGUGUGGCUCUGAGAUGCCAGGUGGAUGGAUACAGGGAUGAGUGUGACUCUGAUGAAUCCCAGCCCCUGGGGACAGUCACCCCCAACGUGCCCAGGGUCAAGGUUUUGCGGCCGGCCGGGAAGGCAGCGCUAAGGGAAGGCGACGGUUUUACCCUGCGCUGCCAGGCAGCUGCCCUGCAGCCCGUCACCGGGUACAUCUGGUACCGCGGGGACGUGUGGCUGCCAGGAGCCGGGCAGGAUUUACGUGUUGAGAAGGCAGCCGUCUCUGACGGAGGGAGCUACGCGUGCGGGGUCUGGGUGUCCAGCCCCGGCUGGGGGUAUCUGAGCCUCUCUGCGAGGGAAUCGAUCGAAGUUCAGCAUGCCCCCACAGGUGUCCGUAUUAAGGCAGUGCCAGGCAUCAGCCCGCAGGAAGGGGAAUCGGUGACGCUAACGUGCAGUUACACCAGCAGCCUCCCUGCCCCCAACUCCUACACCUGGUACCGGGGUGGCCAGCAGCUGGAGGGAUCCCGGCAGGAAAUGGUGUUGAAGAGCACCACGGCGGAGCAGGCUGGGGAGUAUCGCUGCCAGGCCGACAAUGGGAUCGGCCAGUCCCUGUCCCCCUGCAUCAACAUCACCAUCACUGUACGGUUCACCCCCCCUGUGCGGGCUCCCACGUACAUCCUAGGACCUUCAGUUGCGCUUGUCCUGUUGCUGCUGGUGGGGCUGAUCGGCGUCAUAGCUUGGAGUAAGAGGCAGAGCAAACGCCAGGGACUGAGCAGCGAUCCGGACCAGCCAGGCCCGGAGGAGACCCCGAUGUCUGAACGCAUCUAUGAGAACACCCAGCACUAUGGCAUGGGGAAGCCAGCCCGCCUGGCCCCACCCGGGCCCCCCAGCGCACCCACCGAGGUGUGCCCAGGCUCUCCGGAUGGCACUGGGGAAUCCCACAUCUACAGCCAGCCCAUGAACAUUGACAGAGUACUGCAUGUGCUGAGUUUUCCCACAGGCCAGAGACGCAGUCACCCUAUGAGGAACUCCAAGGACAGACCCAGGAUAUUUACAGCCAGUUGGUCUCUCCCCAAGCUGGUUCCCACUGAGCUCUGCCGAAAUCCCGACCAGCCGGAGACCCCUCUGCACGGCCGGGACCUUAAACACAAAGAGAAGCCAUCGCUCAAUGGGGGCAGAUCCCAGCAGGGUCCACAAGCGCCAACUUUCCAUUGUGUCGGGGGGUGCUCGAGCCCUGGAUCUGUCCCAGACCCCACCCCCACUCCAUCCCUUCCCUCAAGGCCACACCCCUGCCCUGCCCCACCCCACCUCUUCCCACCCCCCAAGUACGCUGCGUCCUCGCUCCUCUCCCCUGUGCCCCGGUGGGCAGGAGGAGCAGGGAGGGAGGGGGAAGCACUGACAGGGGCUGCCGGUGAGUGUUUGACGCCUAGGCUGGGGUCAAGCGGCCAUAGCUCCAUUGGAAUGAAUGGGGCCAGACCCCCAGCUGGGGUGAUGUGGCCGUCACUCUACUGGAGAACUUGACUGGGAAUAAAUAUCUCGGAAAUGCA